UUAUUCUUAGUUGUAGACAGUUAACUUAUAUUCGUUUGCUUGUUUUUUAAUUGUAUUAUGUAUCGUUUUUAAUUAAAUUCUAAUAAUUUUAUUGUCAAUAUAGUUAAAUGUAACAAAUAUGAGAAGCAUAACAAUAUUGUGCUUAUUUUUAUACUACAGCAUAGACUGUAGUAUUGCAAUCCGAGAGUAUAAAAAAGAAGAUUUAUUUCGACUCAGGGAAGAGGUGAGGGAGAUGUUCCAACAUGCAUAUGAUAGUUACCUAAAAUAUGCAUAUCCAUAUGAUGAGUUGAGACCUCUUAGCUGUGAUGGUGUAGACACAUGGGGCAGCUACUCUCUGACCCUUAUUGAUGCAUUAGAUACUCUUGCUAUUAUGGGUAAUUAUACAGAGUUCAACAGAGUCGUAGAGACUGUGCUACAAAAACAGAAUUUUGAUGCUGACAUCAAUGUAUCUGUAUUUGAAACCAAUAUAAGAAUAAUUGGUGGACUACUCAGUGCACAUUUACUGUCACACAAAACAGGUAUAAAGCUUGAACCAGGCUGGCCCUGUAAUGGACCUUUACUCCGUUUAGCUGAAGAUGUAGCACAAAGGCUUAUAGCUGCUUUUGAUACAACUACUGGUAUGCCAUAUGGAACCAUCAAUCUCAGGUCUGGUGUACCCCCCGGAGAGACCACAGUCACAUGUACUGCUGGUGUUGGUACUUUCAUCAUUGAGUUUGGAACAUUGAGUCGACUUACUGGGGACCCUUUAUAUGAAGAGGUUGCAUACAAUGCAUUAAAAGCUCUUUAUCAUCAUAGAUCUCCUAUUGGUCUACUCGGCAAUCAUAUUGACAUCAUGACUGGAAGAUGGACUGCACAGGACGCCGGUAUCGGUGGUGGUGUCGAUUCCUAUUUUGAAUACUUGGUUAAAGGGGCAAUUUUAUUGGAAAAACCCGAGUUGAUGUCGAUGUUCCGUGAGGCACGAUUAGCUAUAGACAAAUAUUUGAAGAAGGAUGACUGGUAUGUGUGGGCAACUAUGCUACGUGGACACGUAACACUGCCAGUGUUCCAGUCACUCGAAUCCUACUGGCCAGGGUUACUCAGCCUUAUUGGUGAGAGUGAUACGGCGAUGCGUAUUAUACACAAUUAUCAUAGUGUUUGGCGACAAUACGGGUUCACACCCGAAGUAUACAAUCUCGGAACAGGAGAGGCGUCGUCGUCCCGCGAGAGUUAUCCGCUUCGACCCGAGCUGAUCGAGUCAAUCAUGUAUUUAUACCGGGAGACGAGAGAUCCAAUAUUACUCCAGAUGGGCGAAGAUAUACUAAGGAGUAUACAACAUAGCGCGAGAACUCAAUGUGGUUAUGCUACAAUCAAGGAUGUGCGCGAUCACCGCAAAGAGGACCGAAUGGAAUCGUUUUUCCUCUCAGAAACGACUAAGUAUCUAUACUUAUUGUUCGACCCCGACAACUUUAUACACAACCCUGGUGUCCGCGGCACAGUCAUCAAUACACCAAAUGGCGAGUGUAUAGUUGAUGUCGGUGGUUACAUCUUUAAUACUGAAGCACAUCCUAUUGACCCCACGAUGCUGUAUUGUUGUCAUGAAGCGAGGGAAGGAAUAAAUAUAAGUGAAAUACACAGAAUAUAUAAAAUUUUAGAAGAAGAAGAUAACAUACAGUUUCUAACAAUGAUAGAGGCCACUGCAAAAAAGAAUGUCACUAAAGACAUAGAAAGUAAAAAUGAAACUACACUAAAUGAAGUUACCAGUAAAAAUUACAAUAUCACAAAAGAUAACUCAGAGAGCAAAGAAAACAAAAUAGAUCAGAACGAAGUUUUGAUAAAAACUGAAACUAGAACUGGCUAUGUCAAUAUAGAUGGCACAGAAAGAGAAAAUAGUAAAAAUGAAUCUAGUCUAAGGGAUAUUGUUAAAGAACGAAUUAUUAGUUAUUAUAACAAUACAAAUAAUAUAAAUAGUGAGGAUGAAGAAAUCCAUUCGUCUAUAGAUAACAAAACAUCAGGUGAUGAAUUAGACACUGAGGCAAAAGUAGAAGUUGAUGACAUAAUCAUUCCACAAAAGCCACAGGAUGCCGAAAGUUUACAACCUCCUAGUGUUACCAAAGCAAAAGAAGCAUAUAAAUUGUUGCCAAAAGUGAUACAAGAUUUUUUAAACAGUGAUUGGAAAAGAAAACCAAAAUGCGAACCUCAGCGGAUGCUAGAAAGGAUCCGUAAGGAGAAACGGUAUCCAGACCAUCCAGAUGUCAAUGAAUACAAAUAUCUCUUAACUCCUGCUCCAUCUUUUUUACAAAGAAUAUCAAUAGCAGGUGAAUUUUUAAGCAAAAAGCAACUAGAAAUGUGAUUCUUUCUAAUUAGAAUCGGAUUCAGAUAGUACAUAUUUUGAUUAAAAUAUUUAUUAUUACAAUAUGUAAAUAAGUAAUUCCAAACUAGAGGUUCAAUAGAUGUCAUCGCUAUAGAUAUAAUUGUUUCUUAAUAUAUGUAUAUUUUUGUGUACA